CAUCAAACUUUCUCAAUAAAUACCUUCGGGACCCACCUGGAUUCACAUUCUCAUCUCAUUAUUAUUCUUUAGACUUGGCCCAGCCCACUUAGGCCCAAUCCCAUGCUUAUUGUACUAACGACACUUGUUCCCUUGUUUUCAUCGAAAUGGGAUUGUAGCAAGACAAGGAACAACAUGGGAUUAAACUACAAUCCUCACCUCCAUCGAUAACAUCAAAUUCUUCUGAAUAAUCUUUGUUGCUUCCGUCGUCAUUUUACUUCUUUUCCAUGACUAUAUUAGUCCCUCAAACCCCAACUCUGUGCACUUCCGGGCCCUCCAAAACCUCAACAAUGGGCUCAUGUUCUCGACUUUCUCGAGUCAGUCGAGACAUUUCCUCCGCCGACAACUACGAGAUUUACAUCCCCUUCUGCGCCAAGAACGCCGCCGGAGUUCACACCUCCGCCUUCAUCCAAUGCUACACCCCCUCCACCAAUUCAUGGCGGCGCGCCGCCACUCCCAUCGUAAUUCCCGGACAACACGAAACCCUCGUCCUUAAAGAUUUCGCCAUGGCGCCUCUCGACCACCACAUUUACGUCAUCGGCGGCCGCCUCUGCCGGAAGCCCGCCGGCCAAAGCGACACCGCCGGCAGCCCGAGAGUCGUCGCCUGUGUGCACAGAUACGACGUCAGGACCGACACGUGGGAGUCAAGUGCGCCGAUGGCGCACCAGCGGUUCAAUUUCGCCUGCACCGUCAGCGACGGGAAAAUCUACGUCGCCGGCGGGCAAAGCACGCUGGGCCGGGCGACGGGCAUCGCGUCGGCGGAGGUGUACGACCCGGCUCUGGACCGGUGGGAAUCUCUCCCCGACAUGAGCACCGCCAGGUAUAAGUGCGUCGGGGUCGCCUGGCAGGGGAAGAUCCACGUGUUCGGCGGAUUUGUCGACGACGGCGAGAAUCAGGGGCCGUUCAUCAUGAAGCGGAGCUCGGCGGAGGUCUACCACAGCCGCCGGAACCGGUGGGAUUUCGUCGCCGGAAUGUGGGCCCUGGACGUGCCGCCGUAUCAGAUCGCGGCGGUGAACGGGAAGCUCUUCAGCUCCGGCGACUGCUUCAUGCCCUGGAAGGGACACAUCGACGCGUACGACGAGAAGGAGAAUUUGUGGAACAUUGUCCGGGGAUCGCGCUGCGACUGCCUGUCGCCGUCGUCGGCGGUGGAGAUGGCCCGGCAUAGAGUGUACCUGACGAUGGCGCCGAUUGAGAACUACCUGUACUUCCUUGCGGGGUACAGGAUGCCCGGCGACGGCGCCAGGCUGAGGUCGGAGGUGUACGCCUUCGACACGGCGGCGAACGGCGUCGGGUGGCAGUGCUUCGAGCCGUACGAGGAAGAAGGUGAGAAGGAACUGUGCGGCCAUUGCUGCGUUCUGAAGAGAGAAUCUUACGGUUGACCUUGACGGGUUUUUUUUUUUAAUUAUUAUUUUAAAUUGAUACUAUUAUAUUUUUAUUUCACAUUUCACUAAACUUUGGUGCUUAUUUUAUCAUGUUGUAUUUAUAUAUGC